AUCCGCAAAUCAAUCCUAUUUACUAAUAACGCCUUUUGCAAUAAUGUAUAAUAUAAUAAAAGUAUUAUAUAUGUUUAAUAAUUUCGUCAUAAAAUUAUUUUAAUGCACAUGUAUACAUGCAUACUUAGAGCUUGUCUAUGGUCGUAUUGUAAUAAUAAAGGUUAUAUUCGAUUUAAGGGGCAUAGUGAUUAGUUCAGUCUAAAUAUCUAACCUUAACCUAACAAGAAAGUCAAAACCAAAGUGGCCACUCACGCGUACCUCAGACGAAUUUUCUAUAUUUCUUACAUUAUUCCACUGUAAAUGUAUUUCUUGAAUAUGUGUGUCAGUUCUGAUUUAUUGUUAGAAACAAGAAACUAUUUUUUAAUUUAGCAGGAUCUUUAUGAAAAAUACGUAUAUCAUUGUUUCGGAGAAAGAAGUGUUUAGUAAUAAUUAUUGACAAAGUGUACAUUUUUAUUUGUAUAUAAGUGCAAUGAAUCGCGAAGAAGAAAGAAGCGAGUCGGAAGAUGAACGAGAGAAAUCUAGAAGUCCAUCGGUGGAUUCUCAAAGGUCUAUUAGAAGUAGAUCUAAAUCAAAUUCUGCCAGCCGUUCUCCAAGAUCUAAUCAAUCAUCACCUGCUCAACCAAGAUCACCAGCUUCUGUGAUUUCUAAUGCUAACUCUAGGAAAUCAUAUUCUAGAUCACCUUCGCGAUCACCUUCGCGUUCACCUUCCAGGAACCGAUCAAUCUCACCGUCUUCUGUUAAAAAUCAAAGAUCAUCUAGAUCUAGUUCAAAGUCUGUUGGAAGGAAAAGUAAUUCUAGAUCACCUUCUAAAUCGCCAUCGCCAGAAAUAGAUGGAAAAGUUACUCAAAGCGAAUCACAAUCACCACGUUCGAUACAUUCAGCAAAAUCCCGGUCAAGAUCAAGGAGUUCUUCUUUGGCAGAAUCUAGAAGAAGUCUUGACUUAGCAUCACGAGAAAAUUCACGAUCUAGAUCCAGAUCCAGAUCGACGUCGACUAAACGAAGUAACCCACCGUCUAAGUGUUCUUCCCCAAAAGUGAAUUCUCGUUCCUGUUCUAGAUCUCCUACACCGUAUAAAGCGAAUUCUCGAUCACCAUCCCGUUCCCCUUCUAGAUCUCCGAAAGCGGUUGUUAGAUCCCGAUCCCGAUCAAAUUCGCUAAAAUCUCGGUCCCUUUCCAAUAGUCCGAGUCGAAAAUCACGUAGUAGAUCUAAAUCUCGUGAGAAAAAAGCAUCGCUUUCCCCAUCUUUGGAAGGAAAACACUCACCAUCGCCUAUUAGAAAUUCUCGAUCACGUUUUAGAUCAAAAUCUCAAUCGAUAGAAAGAUCAAGAAAAGAUUCUCCUAAUUCGCACAAUAGUACACGUUCAAAAUCUCUUACGAGGUCUCCAGAUGGCAAACGUAAAUCUCGAUCUCGAUCUCGAUCACGAUCUAAAUCAGACUCUGGAUCAAGGAAACAGUCACCUACAGUAUCUCCAAAAGGAUCGUUAUCUAGAUCACCCUCAGCGGAACCUAAGGUGUCGCGUUCGAAGUCAAGGACACCAUCAGGUUCGAGACACGCAUCAAAGUCUAGAUCACGUUCGCGAUCUGGGUCAAGAAAAUCAAUGUCAAGGUCAAAAUCAAGAUCGAAGUCCAGAUCAAUAUCUGGAUCACGCAAAGGAUCACAGUCUCCAGCUUCAAGGAGAAGUUCUCGGUCAAGGUCUAGCUCUAGGUCAUCUCGCUCCAGCUCAAAAGCAUCUGUUUCUAGGUCGCGUUCCGGAUCGCGUUCAAAAUCGAGAUCUCGAUCAAAGUCAAAAUCUCCCUCAAGAUCCGCUUCAGGUUCACCAUCAAGAUCACGUUCAAGAUCACGUUCAAGAUCACGUUCGAGAUCGCGUUCACCAUCACGCUCGCGAUCAAGGUCAGUGUCAGCUGUCAGAUCUAGACAUUCAUCUCGGUCUAAAUCAAGAUCAAGAUCUCGUUCAGCAUCAAAGUCUAGGAGAUCAAGAAGUCGAAGUGAAGAUUCAGGAGGUGCCGUUAGAAAGAGAAAUAGAGUUUUAUCCGAUUCUGAGGAAGAAGAGGAUGGCGUUAAAGCAACAAAAAAGUCAAAACAUGAAAUAGUAGAUUCGGAAAAUGAAGGAGACGAUGAACUAACGAAGAUGAAAAAAGAGGGUCAUGAACAAGAGGAGGAAGGUGAUGAAGAAGCAGGGAACAAACAAUUUGUAGAUAGUACAGCUAAUGAGCAACAAGAAAAUGAAGAUUCUGACGAUGGAAUGAUUGCGGAUGGAGGAUUGAGUGGCAGAUAUUUAGAUGAUUCAUUAUCGGAUUUUGAUCGUAUGAUGGCUCGUAAGAAAGAAGAACAAUCACGAAGACGCAAAAGAAAGGAUAUUGAUAUAAUUAACGAUAAUGACGAUAUCAUAGCUCAAUUGUUAUCUGAUAUGAAAUCUGCAUCAGAGGAAGAUAGAAAAUUAAAUCAACAAAACAAACCAGCUACUAAUAAAAUUGCAAUGUUACCUAAAGUAUUAUCACAACUUAAAAAACACGAUCUUCAAUUGGCUUUUUUGGAGCAUAAUGUAUUAUCAGUUUUAACGGAUUGGUUGGCUCCGAUGCCUGAUCGGUCCUUACCAUCUUUAAAAAUUCGGGAUAGUCUUUUAAAGCUUUUGUGGGAAUUUCCACGAAUUGACCAAGCUUCUUUAAAGCAAUCUGGUAUUGGUAAAGCUGUAAUGUAUCUGUAUAAACAUCCUAAAGAAACAAAAGAAAAUAAAGAGCGAGCAGGGAAAUUAAUUAACGAAUGGGCAAGACCUAUAUUUAAUUUAUCUGCAGAUUUUAAAGCCCUAUCAAAAGAAGAAAGAAUGCAGAGAGAUUUAGAACAGACACCACAAAAGCGAAGAAAAAGUGAUGAUGGUGGUUCAUCUCAGAAAUCGCAAGAUAUUAAUAAAGCUUUAAAAGGAGAUGCUAAACCAUUGAGGCCAGGAGAUCCUGGCUGGGUUGGGAGAGCUAGAGUUCCUAGACCUUCCAAUAAAGACUAUGUUAUAAGACCAGAUUGGAAAUCUGACAUUGAUAUUACUAGGAGCACGAAGAAACAAAUGAAUAGAUUUGAAAGGCAUAUGAAAAACUACAUGGAUAGUAAAAGGAUAAAAGCAACUAGAAGAGCUGUGGAUAUAUCUAUUGAAGGCCGUAAAAUGUCUUUGUAACGUUAAUAAUUUUUAGUUACUAUAAAAAACUGUUAUACAAGACUUCUAUAAUUAUAAGUAUCAAUUCAGACAUGAAAUUGUAUUAACGUAAGGUUAUAAUCAGAUUUGUGCUUAAUAAAAAUAUUCGAUACAAA